GGAAUCGUAAAACACAACAUUGGGCUCUGAGGUGGAACAAAGUCGUCGUUGAAAAAAUUCUCAUUUUGGACUUUGAAAAUAUAAUUUUAUUUGGAAAAAAUAAAAAAACUCUUUAGAUGAUUGCAGCGCAGUAUUGUGUACCAAUUUUGGACCAAAUUCCUGGAGAAGCACCAAAUUUCUAGCAAAAAAUGAGUCGCGGAUUCUAUAGUCCCAGCAGCGUCUAUACACGUCGCCAGACUUCGGAUGUCUUUCACAACGAUCCGUUUAAAAUCCAAUCGUACAACUUUCACUAUGCCGAACGUCCCGCUUAUCCAGUACAGCAUUAUCAGCGUCCACCACCAAAGCUGCCGGAGCCGCCGCCCUUCAACACCUACUACUAUAAUGCCAAGUUCCAUAGGGAACGGGAAUCACCGAGGGCCUCACCAGCAACGAGCUCAUUUGUUGAAACCAGACGUCGCCAGUUUCUGCAAGAUUUCAAUCUCGUUUCAAGGCCGGCCAGAAAAGAGAUCGGCACGGGAUUGAGAUCUAGUGUGCAGGUGCGUCAUCCGGUGGCCAGUAUUCCACCAGCUGUGGUCACGAAUCCGCCGCUGCUGCGCUCUUGUUGCAAUCGAGAGGAUUACAAAGUGAUGCGACGUGGUCAGAGUGUCACCACGAUGAGACAGAGCAACUGCAGCACAAGUCCAACUCGCACGGGAAGCAGAAGGGCCUCCGUCAGCAGCUUCAGCUUCAGGCAGCCGGAAAAGACUCAAUCCCAGGCCACCAUUAAACUGUCGCCCAGACGCAGUGCCAGCAGUUGCAGCGGUUGUGCGAUUAACAUUAAUAUAAGAGGCAUGGACUCGGAGGUGGAUCUGGACAGAAGUUUGCGAAUCAAAAUAGAGACGGAUUCCUGUCUGCACAGCAACACGGACACGUACAACGUACAUACGGUACAUGGAGGACGAAAAUGUGGCGGGAGUACGGAAAGCUUUGUGAUAGACAAGCGACUGUCCAAGUUCAGUAUGGCGGAUGUCCAAGCCACAAGCUGGACACGUAAACGGAGCUCUGAACAGGAUGCUCUGCGGGCCAAGCGGCUGCAGGUGCAAGCCGAGCAAGAACGCCUGGAAACGUUGCGUCAGCAGGAACUGAAGAAGGACCAGGAGCGUGCGCGGCAGCGAGACAAGGAACGGGAGCGAUUGAGGCAGGCGGAAAGACAGCGGGAUCAUCAGCGUUUACUGGAAUUGGAGGUGGAACGGGAAAAUCAAAGACUUCGAGAGCUGGAGCGUGAGAUGCACAUUAAAAGGGAGCAGGAGCAGCAGAGAGAGAUAGAGAGAGAUAGGGAGAGGGAGAGGGAGAGACAAAGACAGAGACUGCAACGUAUGCCAAUGCGUGCGAUGUCCAUGCCAAGUUCGAUUACGCCACCUGUGGUCAUGACAUCCCAUUUACAUAAGCCUGCAUCCACGGAUCGGCUGCCGGGCAUGAUGCCCUGCUAUGCUCGCCAGUCGGCAGCCAACUCCAGAUCAGAGCGAUUGCAGAGCUGCACUCGCAAGCUGCUGCCACUGAUAACAACACGGCGACCACAAGAAACGCCGCCUGGCGGCUUGGAACGCCGCAGCUCGGGCACCUCGAACUACAAUGCCAGUGUGGCUGGAAGUGGCAGCCACACGAGCAUGCGGCAACUCUCCACCACACGCCUCAAUGAACGCAAGCUGCUGAACCUCCAAGUUAAUGGUGUUCCAGUUAGCACCAAUCUUCCAAUACACGCACGGAUAAACAACAUGCCCAUACGGAUAACGACGUCGCAGCCAGCGGAUGAGCAUUUGCAGUUCUCCGUAAAUCGGGUGCGAGUUGCCAAUGCUUCACCAAUGGCCGCACAGGAAAGAAGCUGCAACUUCAGUCGCAGUCGCAGCAGCAGCAGAUCCGGAUUGGAGGAGUCGCCAUCAACGCCCUGCAGUGUCAGCAUUAAUGUCUAUGCGGAUAAUCCGCGCACAAUGCGUUUAUAAAAUUGCGAUACUAGGACUGAUGCAACGUCAAAGUAACACUGACAGAUACAGAUCUCAGUUACAUUGACGCUGUAACAGCCCUAGGAAUUAAGUAUUUUUUAUGAGCUUUCCAAACGUUUGUCUUUAGUCCAUUCGAAAUCAUUUGCGUACGCUUUUCCUAGUAUUUUUUUUAUAAUAAUUAUAUAUAUUAAUAAUAUGGCAAAUAAAAAAAAUUUCUAUUUUAUAAA